CACCUCGACCAGAGAUCUCGACUCGAGCACUUCCACAAGUCGAUCGAAACCCUAGAGUAGAGACAGAGCGGCGGCCAUGGCGAUCAUCUCCGAGGACAUCAUGCAGGAGGACGAGGCGUCGACGCAGCCGCAGCAGCAGGCGGCGGCCGUGAAGGAGAACAGCACGGAGGUGGAGAAGAAGGAGAAGGAGGAGAGCAAGGGGAGGCAGCCAAACUCCGGCAACGGCCUCGACCUGGACAACUACUCGUGGGCGCAGCAGCUACCAGAGGUGAACAUCUCCGUCCCCCUCCCUGAAGGAACGAAGGCGAGGUUCGUCGUCUGCGAGAUCAAGAAGGACCACCUCAAGGUCGGACUCAAGGGCCAGCCUCCCAUCAUCGAUGGUGAGCUGCACAAACCAGUCAAGGUCGAGGACUGCUUCUGGAGCAUCGAGGACGGGAGCUUGAUGUCCAUACUGCUGACAAAGCGUAAUCAGAGCGACUGGUGGAAAUCCCUGAUCAAAGGCGAUCCGGAGAUUGACACCCAGCGUGCCGAGCCGGAGAGCAGCAAGCUCUCGGAUCUGGACCCCGAGACGAGGCAGACCGUGGAGAAGAUGAUGUUUGACCAGCGGCAGAAGCAGAUGAGCCUGCCCACCAGCGAAGAGAUGCAGAACCAGGAUAUGCUCAAGAAACUCAAGUCCCAGUACCCCGACAUGGACUUCUCCGGGAUGAAGAUGCCUUCUUAAGAUUGUCUCUUAGCUGGAGCCCGGAUAAUGCGGAAGAUUUUUAGAUGGAGAAAUCGCUUCUACCUUAAUUAGUAUAGUUUCUAUUUGGGUGUCUUAGUAUUUUAGUGUCUGUUUAUGCGUCUACGUAUCUUUCGCACUUUGCUAUUUGGAUGACUUUGGUUUAUAGUGUCUUAUGGUUUUGUGGCAACAGUUUUACCGAGGCUUCGGAAGUUAACUAGUGACGUUUGAGUAGUCCUUCUAUGUCGAAAUAUA